AUGUCUAGAACCUACCACAUCGGUCGCAGAAAUAGAGAGCGUUUAGAUCUAUCAGAUGCUCUCACCGUUGCGGGCUCUAAAGGGCAUACCGGUAGUUUGGACAUAUUGGUGUACGAAGGAAUUAUCGCCGUGUACGUGGAUCUGUGCGAUUCGCCCACCAACAUUCGUGACGCGCUCUUCAAGGCUGCUGCUGCAGUUGCCGAGAACGGCCAUCAGAAUACCGUGGAGUACGUGGUGGGACUCAAGUUUACGGUAAAUCACGCUCGAGAGAAGAACUACACUCCAGUAUGUGCGGCAUUGUAUGAACCCGAUGCGUUGACACAAGCGAUUCUGGGUCAACACGAUGAAAUGGUGGAAUUUCUGCCACAAGUAGCGGGCGAAAUUGAGUGGGAUAUAUCGAAAGCCUAUGAAGCCGCGGCAUCGACGGAUGGCAAGCCACUGGCAGAGAAGCUCUAUGGCAUCUACCGGUAUCCGGGAGAGUCCGGACGGGCGAUUUGUUUGUUGAGCUCUCACGCAGAGGGUACGACAAAACAGUGA